CCCCCGCCCCGCAGUCAGUCAAUCCGACCUGAAGAGAAGGCGAGUCCACGGCUAAAAAUAUAAUAGCUAACACAAGAUGGCCGGUUUGCCUCGUAGGAUUAUAAAGGAGACGCAGCGGUUGAUGGCAGAGCCCGUUCCCGGGAUCACGGCCACGCCAGAUGAAGGGAACGCACGCUACUUCCAUGUGAUCAUCGCAGGGCCUCAAGACUCUCCUUUUGAAGGAGGCACAUUUAAACUUGAACUAUUUCUUCCAGAAGAGUAUCCCAUGGCAGCUCCCAAAGUGCGAUUCAUGACCAAAAUCUACCACCCCAAUGUUGACAAACUGGGAAGAAUAUGUUUAGACAUUUUGAAAGAUAAGUGGUCUCCAGCCCUGCAGAUCCGCACAGUGUUGCUAUCCAUCCAGGCGUUAUUAAGUGCUCCCAAUCCAGAUGACCCCCUGGCAAACGAUGUUGCAGAGCAGUGGAAGAAAAACGAAAGCAAUGCCAUUGAGACAGCCCGAUCAUGGACCAGGCUCUACGCGGGCAACACUGAAGUAUAGAAGAAGAGAGACGAGGCGUCUGAAUGUGAUCCAGAAAAAUGUACUCCUCCUAUUCUGUCAACAACAUUCGAAUUCAAACAGACACACACAAAAAAAGAUUAUAAGUCCAAAAUCUAUUUGAAAGAAACGACGAGAUUUACUGCUGCAGACCUCUGGGUGACUUAUUUCCUCUCUAAGAUGCGUUAAGUAUGUGUUAGCCUCCCCCCCCCCUCUUGUGUUGCUAUUUAAAUGCAUGGACAGAACGACACCCUCCCCACUACAGUCUUAAAAAUAACUCCUCGCGAUAUGCUGUCCCGAAACGAGGCACAUACUGGUACGUUUGCAAACUAUACAUGUAUUAAAGCUGUUCUUCUUUUAACACAUGCAUUAUUUGUCAACACAUCUGUAUGUCUUUUGUGAGAGAGGACGUGUCUCUUCACGAGCAGACGGGGGACAUCUGAACACCAUUGAUGAAGUUUGUCAUGAGUUUGAGAGUAGCCAGCGAGGAGGCUAGUUAGAUUUCCACUCCUGUGCACGCCAACACGUCACAACACUGAAUAUGUAGGUGGUGCUGCAGCUACAGUAGGUCAGCACCUGCUCACUGAGUACCGAGCACGGGGGGGGGGACUGAAUUGGCCUAAAAAUCAAGUACAUUUAGAGGUUCCUCACAGAAGGUACCGCCUGAAGCCCUCCUUAACGUGCAGUGCCAAUCAACUGCGGCACGUUUCAAUCGGAGGGUCAUUCCACCAUUUUGCAUGUAAAUUAGAAGACACUUGCUGUACACCUGCCAAAUUAACAGGUAGUGCUGAACCGCUAACAUUUAGAAACCCGUCGUCCAUGCUCCCCCCCCCCCCGCAGAUAUCAUUUUAUGUAUUUAACCUCAAAGGCAGAUCAUCGUGUGAUUGGACGGGGCAGUUACAAUGAGGGCUGUUCAUGAUAAUCCAAAAUCUGUUCAUGAUUUUUUCAUUCAAAUAGAGUUCAAUGUUUUUCAGUGGGACAGUUUGGGGAGGGUGAGCAGGUUAUUCCCACAUGCUUAGAGAAAGCCAUUCCCAACACAUUCAGAAGAGUAGACGGAUAGAUGGCCCUGUGUUAGCAUGUUAGCAGGAUGUGUUGUAGAUGUCUCCCUUUUUUUUUAAGGGUGUAGGAGGCCGAGUUGUUGUUUUUCCCGUGUCUUUUUUUAAACUGUCUGUCCAUGCUAUCUAUGUUGCCUCUUCUCUUAUUUUAUUUUCAGUGUUCCUUCAUUAAAAAGGCAAGUACCGUGCACCCAACAUCCGGACAGCCGAUGGUACAUUUCAUUGUGAGUGUUGGAGAGCACUGAGGCAAAGGGUUUUGUUGUCGGGUAAAAAAAAAAAUCCAUCACCGUGAAUUCUUCUGAGUUUGUCUCUCCUUCAACCCCACCCCCCCCCCCCCUGCUUCUGCUCUUCCCAUGAUACUGAUCUGUGAUGAUUUUGCAAAGUGCAUUGAAUUGAUUGGGUCAUUGUGGUGGCAAAAUAAAAAGAAUUCAAGAUUAAAAAAAGGCUAUUACAGAUUCUCUUAUCGGGCCAAAGAGUCCCUCAAAAUUGUUUGAAAAUCCUUCCUUUUAAAAGAUAGAGGUAGCUGAGGGAGAACUGUGAUGUUUAGUAGUGGACGUUUUUAGCUAGCCCUCUGUUCUCGCUCUUUAUCGGAUUGUCGAUGACUCGGUGUUGCCUGGAUCGGUUUGUGUCCCGUCCUCACUCAGAAUUAUUAACCAACUCUUUCUAACUACUGCAUUUACUCAAGCGUGGAUGCUGAGAGGAGCACGGCUUUAAAAGAUAAAAAACCUGCUUAAUUUAUUGUUUCUCCAGACAGUAAUCGUAACCAAGAAACAGUCACUGGAUUUUAGACAAAAGCAUCUAGAUAAAAAAUACUGAGGUCUGAUUAAUCAGCUCCCCAUGUGUUUAAAUUCUGUUAGUGAUUUCAGUACAAACAUGGCUCUUCAAAUGCUCUGUAAAUAAACUGAGUUGAGUAAGUAAGUAGA